CCAAUGAAGGGAUGAAGUAGUCGUAAUGCCUCGGCUUCGUUUUCAAUUCGAGCACGUGCUGUCGCUGCGUUUGCGUGCAGCGUGCCGUACCCCCGGCGUCACCUGUACCUCGUUGCCUUACCGAUGGCACCCGCGACGUACGCGAUCCUUUGCGCGGUCGUGGCAGCCCACCUGUACGGGCCGUACGCCGAGCCGUCCGCCUUCGGGGAUGCGACCCUUACGUUCAAGGUGCCGGUCUGGCAGCCCUUCAUGCUUCCGCCUUUGUACGUUGGCAGCGUCUACCACCUGGCUUACGUACUGCUGACGCUGUUUACGGUCGGCCGGAGGCUGGAACGGCACCUGGGCGCCUUUAGGUUCCUCCUCCUAGUGGCCGCACUGUUGUUUGCGGUGAGCUUGCUCCGCGACGGCCUCAGGUUCGUCCUCUGGAAGUACCAGCUAGCCUUCUGGAGCACCGUGCCGCCCCCGGCACCGCAUUCGGGCGACUGUUUCUGCGGCCUCGUCGGCACGCUGCUAGCGCUGAAGGCCGUCUACCACGGCAUUCGCCCGGACGCUGCUUACCGGCUAGGCACUGUCUGCAUACAGGUGAGCUUCUGGCCGGGUCUGCUGCUCGAGCUGACGCACUUCCUGUUGCACGCGCGAGGGGGCGCCACUUUCGGUCACGUGACCGGAGUCCUAGUGGGACUCGCGGUGUCUCGUUUGUUGCGAGAUCGCCGCUGGCGCAGGCACCUCGUUCCGGCACCGACCGGUAGCGGCACGGUCGUUGGAAGCUCUCGAGAUUACCCGGAAACUCCGGCACCCGGCCUUGACUGACGUGUGCGCUAUAUAAUAGUGAUAAUGACAUGUGCUUGGCUAUAGAGAUAUUAUGUGGGGAACAUGAAAUAGAAAUAUGAAUGCCUUCCCGUCCCAAAGAAUAAA